GUCAAAUCCCAGUACAAAUAUAAUUCAUAUUUUGUUGGCAUCUAUUUCAAUUUGUCAUUAUUGUAAUCCAAAUAAACAGAGCAAUACAUCUUUUCAUCACUUCAGCUUUAAAGAUAUUUCUAGAUUUUAGAUUAGAUUUCACUUUAAACUUGGCGCUUUUCUUUUUAAACCGUUUUUUCCAAAACAGCAAACCAAUUUGUAAAUAAUAUCACGCUUUAAACAUGACUUUUUUGUAAACAUUGUUAAAUUAAAAUGCGUGUGAUAUACAAAUCGACGUGGAAGGGUUUAUGCGAAGAGAAGAAAGAUCUGACUACAAAAAAAUAGCUACAAAACUUGUAUUUUUGUUUUGAAACUUAAGGUUUAAUCAUUUUUGGACUUGUUAUUGAAAAUCAACCUGCAAAAUGUCUGGUGACAGUAUGGAGACAAAUGAAGAUGAUGGCCAGAAUAGCGAGCAGAUUCCUAAACUACAUCUAUGUUUCCCGCGUGUGCGACAACCAUCUAGAAAGGCUCUUGAAGCGUUUGCCGAGGAAUACGAUAUUGAGAUUCUAAUGGGAAUGUUUACAGAGAAAGAAGACAAAAAGAUAAAACGUAACUUUGCCAGAUUUUGUGAACAAUAUGAGCUAACUGACAACCAGAUAACUCGCUGUGCAUUACUUGGUUUUACUGUUGAAGAUGAAGAACAUGUUGCGGAAUACCGUAAAGCCAAGGAGUACGUCAAGAACUUGGGAUUUUAUUAUUGGCUGGCAAGAGGGUUACCUAAUCGUUUAAUCUCAGCUGUGUAUCAUCGUGCUCGGAAACUGCUUCAUCCAUUCAGAAAACAAAGUGAGCUCACUGAAUCGGAAAAAGAGGAAAUUAUUAACACUGCCAAAUCUAUGGAAAAAUGUAAAAAUAUGUUUUCAAAGUUAGGAUAUACUUACGAUUGUGCUCCACGUGCUGUACAAAAAAUUAUCAAAACUCAUGUAGAUCUCGACAAGGGGAUAGAAUUCAAAAAAGGCUACUGGCAGCCAAAGGAAACUAUGAAGCUAGUUCAAGGUAUAUUGGAACUUAUCGAAAUUGACAUAGAUGAGCUAUCUGAGGAACAUUUACGGGCAGAGUUGCCAUGGGUUGAACUGGCUAAAAAAGUGGAAAUGAGAUCUGCGGAAAGCUGUCGAGAUCAUGUUCCAGCCAUGGUGGCCAAUUUGGACUCUAUUAAAAGGGAAUAUAAAUUAUUAUUUAAUUUAAAAAAACAAAAACGAGAAACUACGGUUGAAUAAAUAUUUAAUCAAUUUAUAUUUGAUACAUGUACAAAAUUAAAAUGUUCUGAAUGUUUGAUUGAGAA